AUGGGGCGCGGAGACAAGGCAUGGAGUGCAGGGAAGAAGGUUUCUUCUGGGAUCAGCACGGGACAAGCCAGGGAUGCAGGAGCAGGAAUGAUCUUGUCACUGCAGGCAACCAUGUUAUGUAUACGGGCAGCCACAAAGUGCUGCUGCCCCUCCGGUGUGCUCUGUGCCACACGCCGUGUCUCGAGAAUCCUUGCAGCAAUCUCUGAGGCUGCAAGGGGAAUCAUCUGGGAUGGAGCUGCUGCUGAUCAUUCCAGUGCACCCGCCGUAGCUUUCUACUCUCCAUCCGGCACUGGGUUUCCCUGGCAGCUGCUUCUGGAACUGGCUCCCACUUCUCCCACUGCUGCUGCUGCUGCUCCUGCUCCUCCUCCUGCUCCUGCUGCUGCUGCUGCUGCUGCUGCUGCUGCUGCUGCUGCUGCUGCUGCUGCUGCUGCUGCUGCUGCUGCUGCUGCUGCUGCUGCUGCUGCUGCUGGUGCUGGUGCUGGUGCUGGUGCUCCCACUGCUGUUCCCACUGCUCCCACUUCUGCUGCUGCUGCUGCUGUUGCUGCUGCGGCACCUUGCCGUCGGAUAUCCCUGCAGAGUGAAACACUGAGCAGAAAAGCCAUCCGCGUUCCAUGCAGCGCCUCUACCAUGCAGCACCCCACCACUGCUGCCACACAUUAA